CAACAGUUUCCUGGGGGGGGGGGGGGGGGCAACCGUUGCUCGACGAAAGCAACGGCUUGGAGCAAUAAGCGACGAGCAACCGGGAUGAAGUUUACGGGGAACAGCUGUCUGUGGAACCACAAGUCCGAGAACUACAAGAACCGGGAGCUAAGAUGGAAAACCCUGGACCACCUCCGGAUCCUGCUCUCAUCCCAGCCUCCUCCGGUAGCUUUUACAGUGGAAGACAUCAAGAACAAGUUUAAGAACCUUCGUACGACCUUCCAGCGUCAGUACAAGAUGGUCCGGGCGAGCGGGGCGGAGGGAUUCGUGCCGCAGUGGAAGCACUACCAGCAGCUGACGUUCCUGCAGGGCUGCUUCGAUCCAGAGGAUGGCGCCGACGCGCCGCUGGCGGUUCCUAAGGAGGAGGACCCGUUCCCUCUCCCUUCCCCUGGACUCAUCAUCUCCUUCCUCCCCUCCCCGCCCUCUUCCUCGUCCCCAUGUGUCCCCUCCAGCGUCGCCGGCAGGUGCUUCUGGUCGGAAGAGAGAGAACGUGAACUUAUAUCCUUCUACGCAGAGCACGGCUGUCUGUGGAACAAGAAGUCUGAGAAUCACAACAACCGUCAACUCCGACAGAAACUGCUGGAAUCCCUGAGGAACCAGCUCUCUGACCAGCUGGUGUCUUUUUCUGUGGACGACAUAAAAUCCAAAUUCAAGAACCUUCGGACCGUUUUUAACCGGGAGUACAAGGCAGUCCAGGCGAACAGAACCUCUGACAAGCCCUACGUGUCCAAGUGGAAACACUACCACCAGAUGCUCUUCCUCUGCGAGUCCUUCGAGGAAGACGAGUCUCCCGACGACCUGCAGAUACUGACGGUUCACGGAGGGAUGGAUCCGGGUCAUCCGGGUCAUCCGGAUCAGGGAAACCGGACUUUCUGCUCCGGUCUGAGCGGAGAGGCUCUCUGCAGCUCCACGCAGAGCGACAGUCCCACCAUCACCUGCUCCGCCUACCAGGUCUUCCUCCCCGCAGACCGCUACGCCCCGGCCGAUCACAUGACCCCCGGCUCGCCGCCGGCCAGGAAGCCGGGUCGGACUUUGGGUCCGGCUGAGGACAGAGUGAGCAGCGAGUCCCGGUGCCUGUGGAGCGAAGCCAAAGUUCAGCAGCUCAUCUCUUUUUAUUCAGAGCACAGCUGCCUGUGGAACCACCGUCUGGACAGCUACAGGAACCGGCUGCUGAGGCGGAGUCUGCUGGAGACGCUGAGCGGCCUGCUGUCCCACGACGAGCCGGCGCCGUUCACAGUGGAAGACAUCAAGACGAAGUUCCGGAACCUGCGGACCAUCUUCCAGCGGGAGCACAAGGCGGUGAGCUCCAACAGAACCUGCGGCUCGGAGGACUUCUACCUGCCUAAGUGGAAGCACUACCUGGACCUGAUGUUCCUCUGCGACUCCGAGGACGACGAGCCUCUCUCCCCGCCGUCCCACGCCGCCCACCAAACCGCCCCCAGUCCCACCGGACCGGCCCGGGUUCUGGAAGUCCCGGCCUCGCCGACUCCCCCCGACUCCCGGCUCUCCUCCUCCUCCUCCUCCUCUUCCUCGGCGUCUUCCUCCCGCAGCAGAGCGCCCGGCCGCCAGCGAGCGAGGCGGCGGCGGCGGGCGUCGCCCUCCGCCGGCGAGCUGAUGGCGCUGAUGAGGAGCGUCCAUCAGAACCGGACCGGGUCGCCGCACGCCGGCUUCCUGAAGUACGUGGAGGAGUGUCUGAACGAGGCGCCGCCCGACAAAGUCCGGAAGCUGAAGAAGAAGAUCAUCGAGACGAUCCACGGCAUGGAGGACGGUUAGGGUUCUGUUCAGGUCCACGUCAGAGACCAGCCGGUUCUGAUCCGAAGUCUUCCUACGCUGCAGGAACGUGACUCCCGUUCCCACACAGCUCACCCAGGUUCUGCAGAACGGCUGCAGGAUCCAUCAGCCGGUACCGACCGCGUUGUUCUCCUC